AUGUCUAGCCUUACGACCAUAAGCAGCGCUAGUAAGGAAUCGAUGGAGGUGGAGGAGCUCGUCGACACUAGGCUUUCGCUCGUGAUCGGCGCCGGGAGCCAACCGCCGCCGGUGCCAGAGGAAGCGGGUCACGUGGCGGGAAAUAUCGGAAGGAAGAAAGGGGAGAGGUGGAUAGGCGGCAGUAGUACAAGGCAGCAUGGCAAGAGGGCCAGGGCUGUGCACGGCGGCAGCGACAUCGACGAGGACGACGACGGAGGGGACGCAGCCGGCCGCGCGAGGAAGAAGCUCCGGCUCACCGCGGAGCAGGCGGCGCUGCUGGAGAAAAGCUUCCGCUCCCACAACGUCCUCUCCCAUGGUGAGAAGCAGGAUCUUGCGGGGCAGCUUGGGUUGAAGCCGAGGCAGGUGGAGGUGUGGUUCCAGAACAGGAGGGCGCGCACCAAGCUCAAGCAGACGGAGCUCGACUGCGAGCUGCUGCGCCGGUGGUGCGAGCGCCUCAGCGACGACAACGCGCGGCUCCGGCGAGAGCUCGCCGAGACACGCGCGGUCCUCCUCGUCGGCGGUUCACAGGACUCGACGCUCACGGGGUGUCCUUCCUGCAACAGGCUCGCCGGCGGCCGGAGGGCGGCCUAGUCGAUUUCGACUGCAAGAUUAAUUACCGCCGCCAUAGGACUAGUCAACUAGAAGUGCGCU